AUAGGAAGAAUAAGAAGUCGUUUUCAAGCUAUUUCAAGACACUUGUGCUUAGGUGGUCAGAACCUCUACGAGACUUGUCUUCUUGAAGUUCUUCUUGUCAACAGAACUUUACGGAGCAGAAGGUAAAGUACGCUAAAUUUUAGAAUGCCCGGCGUCUUAUUCACAAUCAUUUAUUACUUUAUUUCCAAUUUUGGGAGAUGUAUCUGAAUAACAAGGUGUGUACGCAUUAUAGACCUUGUCACGGUUUUCGACGCCAUCUUGUGCGACAAAUUAACAGUGUCUGUAUGAGUAUCUAAUGCAGAGAUGCCAACCUCUAGAGAUUUAAAAUCUGGGACAUUAUAUCAAGUAUUACAUGAAGUAGAUACUAUCCAAAUUCGCGAUCAUCGUUUUGAUGCCAGAAAUAAUCUUUGUCAGUGACUAAAUAGGUGUAAAAUGCCUCAGAAACCGUACUACAGUUACGAAUAAGAAAAAUUCAAGUUUUGAGCUAAAAAUGGGCUAAAUUUCAAACUAAGGCACAGAAAAGCUCAAAAGAUGAUUUUAUCCGGGAGAUAAAGCGACUCGUACGGGAGACCGGUAGAUUGGUGUCGUAUCCGGGAGACUCCUGGAUAAUCCGGGAGGGUUGGCAUGUAUGCUAAUGUCGAAUGACUUCCGUGAGACGGCUGUUCUGAAAAAAAAAAAAAAAAGACUUGUAAACUAAAGCUACAAAUUUUGAGGCGUACUGGUGCUUAAAUUUCUCCAGAGGCUUGCUUUAGAUUUUCUAUAUUUUGUGGGUAAUUUUUCCCGGGACUUCCUUACAGACAAAUGUAUAGAAAUUUUAUUAAGUGGUUUGAGGUCUUCUAACGCAUGUAACGCCCUAAAUUUUUUUUCAGGAGAAUCCUUAGGAGUGAAGCUGUAGUUUAUAAUUCAUAUUUUUUCAGAACAGCUGUUCUAUGGAAAUUAUUUGACAUAAAAUUCUCAUACAACGUUGUAAUUUCUCACGCAUUGCCUACUCAAGAUGGCGUGGAAAACCUUGACAAUGUCUAUUAA